UUUACAUAAAUUAUAUAUAUUGUGUAUAUGGGGCUUCCUGAACUUCUCUUGUUUGGCACCCUGCAUUUGUUUCUACCUCCCACAUUGUGCUUUGGUUCUAGCCAGAGAAUCACAAUGUUUUAGUCAACUUGUUCUGGUACUAAAACAGGUGACGGGUCUGGCAGGAAUGGCUUCUCUUCAUAUAUGUGUGUGGACAUGAUCUGGAUUCUUUUCAAUUCCCGUACAGGAGAAUCUCUCAAUUUUUUUUAUUUUAUGUUGGUUUCCUGUGCAACAAGUAGUGGCAGAGAGGAUAUGAGCGGAGGUGAUUAUCUUGCAACUGCAGUGCAGCAUAGAUAUUUGGACAUAUACCUUUACAGUUGGUACUGGCUCUGAAAAAAAAAGAAGAAAGAAAAGCAAUUCUGUGGAGCUUUUGCUUUUGCAAGAUUCAGCUCAGGGAUUUCACAUUGCACAGCGUUUUAUAAUGGAUGAGUAUCUGGAUCACUUGUUUUCAUCCACAUCAUGGUCAGAUGUGAAUGUGAAGGAGGGAUCAUCUUGGAUUUGUGGUGAGCCUAGCCAAACAAAUGGGAUGCUUUCAGAUUCAAUUGGAAUAUAUGAAGGUGAUAAAAAAAACUCACCUGUUGGCAUGACUAAUUCAAACCUUAUGAUCGAGGGCUUGGUUACUCAAGAUACUUCAUCUAUUGUUCUUGGUGGAGAGUCUGAUCAUGGUCUUGGCAAGGGCUUACUUUUGGAAGAAGCUCCACGGCAGCAAGACCUUCAAAACACUGAAGGCAAUUCCUCCUUGAAUGGAGCAGUGAAUGGCAGCUCAGAAGUUGGAUACGUGGGCCUGCAACUAAAUACUCCUACUUCAACCCCAUGCUCACUGGAUCUUGGCUCUCCCAAGCAGCUUUCGCUGAUUGGUGGCAUGUCUAGGUCAUCUCGUCCUUUCACUGAGCUGGAUCAUGUUGGGUGCAAUGGUAAUGAGCCAUCUGAUUUUCAGAGAUCAGUUGGAAAUUUUCAAGCAUUGCCUCCAAUUCCACAGUUGUGGUCUCAACCAUCUUACGGGGGUGGUUCCUCCUUGUCUCCUGUUAUGGGAGAAUACAAGAUGCAGGGCUUUGGUCUGCAAGGAGAAUAUGUGGAUAAUGAAAUGGAUAUCAUGAGGAACAGAUACGUUGGGGAUGAAAUUCUGCAACUUGAUAACAUUUCUUCAGCAAUCCCCAUAAAGGGGAAAGAAGAGCAGCACACUCAUCCUUUCUCUCCUUCUGCGGUUGGGCCCCACAUGACAAUGACAGCAUCUGGAUUACAGUCUUUGCCACAGACUACGGUAGGUACUGCUUCUGGUGGCUGUAAUGGAACUGGAAAGCCGCGUGUAAGGGCUCGUCGAGGCCAGGCCACUGAUCCUCACAGUAUUGCUGAAAGGCUUCGGAGAGAGAAAAUUGCUGAAAGGAUGAAGAACCUGCAAGAACUUGUUCCCAAUUCCAAUAAGACGGACAAAGCAUCUAUGCUCGACGAAAUCAUUGAGUACGUCAAAUUUCUUCAGCUCCAGGUCAAGGUACUAAGCAUGAGUAGGCUGGGGGCAGCAGAGGCAGUUGUUCCUCUCAUCACAGAUGGCCAAGCUGAGGUGCUAUACCCUUCUCUUUCUGGCUCUAAGGGUCUGUCACUUUCACCCUCGGCUGGUCAAGCUGAAGAUAUUUGUCAAUCUCCUGAUCAAAUUGCCUUUGAGCAAGAAGUAGUGAAGUUGAUGGAGUCCAACGUGACCAUGGCCAUGCAAUAUCUUCAAAGCAAAGGUCUCUGCCUUAUGCCAAUUGCUCUUGCUACAGCCAUAUCCAGUGGAAAGGCAGCAUCAUCAGGUACUGGGUCCGAUGAGGGAAAGAACGGUUUGAUUGGUGGAUUCAUUCCCAAUAAUAACAGUAGCAGCAACACCAGUAGCAGCAACACCAGUAGCAACAGCUUACCUGGCAUUGGGACACAUCAUACAUCUUCUGAUGGCAAUGUUCUGAUUGGAAAACUCAGCAGAGAAGGCAUCACCACCAGUAGUUGCAAUGGGGCUAUUAACAAACAAGAAGAGUUGAAGAGCACCUCAUGCACUGCAAGAGAACUGAAAGCCAAAACUUAAACUCUGGUUUGACCUUCAUUUCUGAUUCCAGUUCAGAACUCAACUCUGGUUUGAACUUCAUUUGUGAUUCAAUUUCUCGUUUUUUGCCUUAGGCUGGUAGUUCCAGAAUUUAGGAUUAGUAAAUACUAUCUGAGUGGGUCUGUCUUUAACAGUAGUGGGAUUUGGUUGUGUUUUGUAUAGAUGUACAUAUAUACAUGCAUGCAUAUAUAUACAUUUAUAUGCGAGCAUGUGCCUAUUUGCAUAAGUAUAUAACAUUUCAUGAGCUCCAGUUUACGACAA